CCUCGCUGACGUGGAUCAGUAUGACCUUUCGAGGAAACGAAAGGUUAGACAGCUAUUCUCCCAACUCGCUCACGCAAAAAACGGAAGGUCAGACUGCGUUUCGAGAGAGGCUAGAGCACAUGGAACAUACCAGAAAUCAGCGUCUGUCUCUCCUUCAGGCAGAGAAAGAAUUGCAAGAGAACAAUUUGCAGAUUUUAGCAUCGAAACAAGCAGAAAUUCGGUCAAUGGAGCAACGGUGUUUGUUGAUGGAUCGUGAAAUUGCAUUUCAAAACUUCAAAAUCUUGGCUCUAAAAUCUGAAAUCGAGAGCCUCGAUGCCAGAUACAACACCGAUUUGCAUCAAUUGAGGGUUUUGAAAAGUGAAAUAGAGGAGCUAGAGCAGACGGAGAAGGAGAAAGAGAAGUUUUAUGAGUUAAAACGUAAUGAAAUGAAGAAAUUUAGAGAAGAUCUAGAGAAAUUUGUUACGGAAUCUAAAAUGAAAGUGAAUGAUUUGAAGAAUAUAGUGAAUGAGCUGAACUCAACAUUCAUAAAACUGCAAGGUAAUAAUGGACAUUUGAGUAAUUCUGAGAUAGCAGCAGCAGAGAUGAGAAAGCAGAGCUAGUUGCUAUGAAGGAGAAUUUGGAACAGAUUUUGGUUUCUAAUUACCAAAGAAGAUCAGAUCUUCAAAAUCAACUUGAGAGUAUAUUAAGGACAGAUAAUCAGGAGAAGAAGAAAUUUUCCCUGUUCAAAGGAAAUAAUAGUGUGGUCAAGUAACUUUCCCAUCCUCCAUCGGCUGCGCUUGAAGAAGACAUGUAGGCUGUCUCUUGUUACCUGCAAAUGAAAUGGAGAGGAGCUAAUGUUUUUUCCCUUUUUUCCUUUCUCUGCGUUUUGUGAGAAUGAAAUUUGGUCAAACCUCCUUUAUUUUCAUGCACAAUUCAGUAAGGGUAUACUUCGUCCUUAUAAAAUGUUUGUCUUCGUUUUUAACGCA